GUUUCAACGCGCAUGCGAUUCCGGCGAUUUUCUUCCACACGAGCCUGGUGAAAAUGGCGGAGCAAAGUUCUGUGCCGAGUGAUCUUUACAAACAUGUCUAUUCAUUUCUACUGGAGAAUAAGUUUACCAAGGCUGCCCAACAGUUCAUCAAACAAGCUAAAGUGCCACCCCAGGAUGAAAAAGAAGCUGCGGGUCUUCUUGACAUUUUCAACUUCUGGGUGAAGUCUCCCGAAGCUAAGAAACGCAAGGCGCUGCCCAUCGGUCCUAAAACCAGUGGCAGUCCGUCUGCUAAGAAGGCAAAGACUGCAGAGAGCUCCAGUGAGGAGUCAAGCAGUGACGAGGAGGAAGCUGCGGCACCUGUCAAGGCUGCACCCACAGCAGCCAAGGCUCCGCCCCCGGCUAAAUCAGARUCCAGCAGCAGCGAUGAUUCCAGUGACGAGGAGGAGGCUGUAGCGAAGAAACCUGCAGCAGCCAAAGCCCCAGUGAAGACGCCCGCGGGGUCAGCAGUCGGGAAAAAGGCCUCCAGCAGUGAGUCGUCUGAAGAUGAGGCCAAAGCUCCUGCAGCUAAACGAAAGGCUGGAGCCGUGACCCCUAAGGCGGGAAAGGCUGGAGCCGUGACCCCUAAGGCGGGAAAGGCUGGAGCCGUGACCCCUAAGGCGGGAAAGGCUGGAGCCGUGACCCCUAAGGCGGGAAAGGCUGGAGCCGUGACCCCUAAGGCGGGAAAGGCUGGAGCCGUGACCCCUAAGGCGGGAAAGGCUGGAGCCGUGACCCCUAAGGCGGGAAAGGCUGGAGCCGUGACCCCUAAGGCGGGAAAGGCUGGAGCCGUGACCCCUAAGGCGGGAAAGGCUGGAGCCGUGACCCCUAAGGCGGGAAAGGCUGGAGCCGUGACCCCUAAGGCAGCAGCUCAGAAGAAGACUGCGAGCAGCAGCAGUAGUGAAGACAGCUCCAGUGAAGACGAGGCUCCCACUAAGACCCCGGUGAAACCCUCUGGCCCUGUCAAGACCCCUCCAGCUAAGGACAGUAGUUCCUCAGACAGCAGCGAUGACAGCAGUGAUGAUGAGGAGGAGAAGAAGAAGAAAGUGGCAGCUAAAGCAGCCCCGGUCAAAACCACCCCGGCCAAGACUGUGACCCCCAAAGCUGCCGCAGCUGCCAAGAAGGCAGAGUCCAGCUCUGKGAGCACAGACUCCAGCUCUGAAGAAGAAGCAGCAAAGAAGCCAGCAGCCAAGGCUACCCCAGCCAAGGCUACCCCAGCCAAGGCUACCCCAGCCAAGGCUACCCCAGCCAAGGCUACCCCAGCCAAGGCUACCCCAGCCAAGGCUACCCCAGCCGAAGACUCUGACUCCAGCUCUGAGGAUGAAGAAGAGGCUAAGAAGCCAGAAGUAAUAAGGGUUAAGUCCACAGCUGUCAAAAUAACGGUUACCCCUGCCAAGGAAGACUCUUCCUCAGACUCCAGCUCAGAGGAGGAGGAAGAGGAGAAGGGUUCGAAGACUGUGAAAGUAGCGCCAGCUACAGCAGCAGUAACGGUGGCAGGGGUAAAGGAGCAGGGGGCCAAGACUGUGACUGUCGCGGGGGCCAAGGCUACUGUGAAGGUGGUGGAAGACGGCUCCUCUUCCUCGAGCUCCGAGGAUGACGACGGGGGAACAGUGAAAGUAGCACCAGCUAAGGCGACUCCUACCGUGACCCGGGGCAAGGCUGCUGAGUCCUCCUCGGACUCUGACUCAAGCUCAGAAGAUGAGGAAGAGGCUAAAAAGCCAGCAGCCAAGGUGACUCCAGCGAAGACUCCCCCAACUAAGAAAUCAGACUCUUCCAGCUCUGACUCUGACAGCAGUUCUGAGGACGAGACACCAGCUAAACCUGCUGCAGCGGCCCCAGCCAAGGCCCCAGCCAAGGCCCCAGCCAAGGCUGCUACAGAAAACAGCUCGGACUCCGACUCUUCUUCUGAAGAUGACGAACCCCCGGCUAAGAAGGCUACCCCAGCCUCUGUUGCUAAACCAGGCUCCAAACCAGCCACCCCGGUUACUAAACCAGGCUCCAAACCAGCCACCCCGGUUACUAAACCAGCCUCCAAACCAGCCACCCCGGUUACUAAAGCAGCUGCAGCGGAGAGCAGCUCGGACUCCGACUCUUCUUCUGAAGAUGACGAACCCCCGGCUAAGAAGGCUACCCCAGCCUCUGUUGCUAAAUCAGCCCCCAAACCAGCCACCCCGGUUACUAAAUCAGCUUCCAAACCAGCCACCCCAGUGGUGACUAAAUCAGCCCCAGCCAAGGCAGCAGCCGAGAGCAGCUCCGAUUCAGACAGCUCGGACUCCGAGGACCAGGCUGCUGCUGCUGCCAAGAAGACCACCACCAAACCUGCAGCCAAGAGUCCUGCCGUCAAGACACCGGCUAAAGCUGCAGAGUCGUCAUCGUCCGAGGAGAGUAGCUCUGAGGAAGAAGAGGCCAGUAAAAAGGCCGUGAAACCCGCCACCACCCCCAAGGCCACCCCCAAGACCACCCCCAAGACCACCCCAGCAGCCAGACCUAAAGCCAAGGAGGACAGCAGCUCUUCAGGUGACUCCAGCGAUGAAGAGGCAGCAGCGCCCAAACCAGCAGCAGUGAAGGCUACAACCCCGGCCUCCGCUAAAAAGGCAGCCGAAAGCAGCUCGGACUCUUCCGACAGUUCCGACUCGGAGGUGGAGACAGAGGCCGCCAAGACGACGCCCGCUAAGCCUGCUCUGACCAAUGGAAAGCCAGCUACACCCAAAGCAACCACCUCUGCAGUCAAGGCAACGAAACCGACCAAGGCUGCCGAGUCUUCCUCUUCCGAGGAGAGUAGCUCUGAGGAAGAGGAGGCCAGUAAAAAGACUGUGAAACCCGCCGCCACCCCCAAGACCACCCCCAAGACCACCCCCAAGACCACCCCAGCAGCCAGACCUAAAYCCAAGGAGGKCAGCAGCUCWUCAGYRGACUCUUCUUCUUCUGAAGAAGAGGCGGUGAAAGCACCGGCAGCAGUCACCACUCCCAUCGCUAACGGCACUGUAAACGGUAAGAGAAAAAGGGAUGGAGACGCCUCGUCAGAGGAUGAGGAAGAAUUAACGACACCUAAAAAUAAGAAAGCAGCAACAACUAAACCACAGACUUUCCCUAAAGUCUCUAAGAAGAUCAAUGUACCUUUCCGUAGAAUAAGAGAGGAGGACAUUGAUGUGGAUAACCGACUGGCCGAUAACUCCUUCGACGCCAAGCGCGGGUCGGAUGGAGACUGGGGCCAGAGGGCCAAUGACGUGCUCCGCUUCACCAAGGGAAAGUCCUUCCGCCACGAGAAGACCAAGAAGAAGAGGGGUAGCUACUGUGGAGGAGCCAUCUCCCAGUCCGUCAACUCCAUCAAGUUCGACAGCGACUGAGAACCUAGUCAUCGUUUGUCACUACCCCUCUUCCUCCUCUCUCGACCCAGGACUAUCUGAGGACCAGGACAGUCUGCCCCCCCCCCCCCGACCUCCUCAGCAGCGACCUGACUGAGCUGAAGAUCAUGAACUAGAGCUGAGACUGCUGCACUCAUAUAACUGGCUGGUGAUUUUUAGUUCGUACGUCUGUGUUAAACCAGUCCUUUAAAAUGCACAUUUCUGGAAUGGUGGAAUGACGGGUGUAGAAGCGGAGACUAGCUUUCCUUGAAAUGGCACCCUAUUGCUAUGUAGUGCACUGCUUUUGACCUUAUUGAAAGUAGUGCACUAUACAUAGGGAAUAGGGUGCCAUUUAGGACACAGGUAAGACUGCAGGGGAGGUCUUGACUGUCUCCCUUGUGCUUUCAGGACGGAUCACAAAGGAUUCAUGUACAACAUAUAGCCACCAGGUGGCGGUAGUACGCCACAUAUCAAUUUAAACUGUUCAGAUUUCUUGUUUCCUUUUUCUCUCAGCCCCUUAAUCUYUUGCUUGUUGUGAUAUUGUUAGCCUGGAUCUCACACCUUCUGUCCAGUGAUUUAAAAAAAUAAUGAUAAUUCAGUGGUAAAUUUAAAUUCUGUUUCUUGUGUAUUGCAGUUUGCAUUGUCAGACACAUUGCGGGGAGAAGGGUUAUUUGUUAGAUUUUUUGUAUGGAACAUGCAGACCUGUGGUUUGUUUGAGAGUUGAAUGAAAUGUUCUUUAGUUUCUCUUUGGUAUGAUUAUUAUGGUGUGAAUCUUUUGUAGUGGGUGCGUUCCAGGCUGACUACAUUGCAGUGGCCUACCAGAUCUCACGCCUGGAUAAGGAUUCAACCGCUGCAAUGUAGUCUGUUUGGAACGUACCCGUUUUCUAAUCCUGCAGACUCAUGUGCGGCCGUCACGGUUUAGAUUUUGUAGGUUUUAUGUCACUAUUUAAGUUUUUCAGCCUGGGAUCAUCCAACUGUCAUUACAAGCUGCAGUCAAAAAAAAGAAAACUUCCUGGGUCGUGUUCAGUAGGGUAUACUGAAACAAAACGUUUUGAAACGGUAAACUCAGUAUGUUGUGCCUACUGAACAGGUCUCUUUGCAUCUGGAAUGGCACCCCAUUCACUCCUGGUCGUAAGUAGUGUACUGUAGGGAAUACGUUGCCAUUUCAGAUGUGAUGUUGUUUCCCGCUGAGGUGAAACUGCCAGCCUUUUGGUUCGGUGUUUCAUUGGCCGCUGAGGUUCAGCAACCAAACCCCAAGUUGUUUUAAUUUUGUGAAUUUUCAAUUUCCUGUUUCUAUUCCUAUAAAACACCCUUAGUUUUAUUGAGUAUUAUUAUUAUUACUUGAAUAAAAUACUUGGUUGUCCCAA